GAGGCCUGGAAAGACUGGGGUAGAAAGGAGAGAAACAUCUUCUAAAAUGUUUCACUUCCACGCAUCUUUUCAAUUCACAUCAAGUGUCAACAAGAACUCCAUUUAAGCGUCUUCCAAUUUCAACAGAGGCAAACAUCGCUUUGUCAAACGUCCACUAUUUUCACUCUCCAUAUUGGAUAUCGACAAAUGUACCAUUCUCAAAGGAUUUAUCUUGUGUUUUCAUUUGCAUGUUGUUGUUAUUUUGACGAAGCAACUUGCUAUUCCCUAGGACGUGGAGGCUGUCCUGUUGCUCCAUCAAAGCCAAAGUGUAGUCUAUAACUUUUUGGGGGAUCCCAGAAUUGUUCUGAAGUUCCCGUUUUGGUGUUGAUUUUGGUCCAGCGCAAAGCUUUGUUUGCGGAGGUUUAGGAGACAUGACAGCUCUAGCCGGGGGCAUACCGAGAAUGAUGCGCCCGACACACCACCAGAACUACCCGCGGGGAGGCUACUCUCUGGAAGUCUCUACCCCGUUAGGCCAGGGCCGGGUGAAUCAACUCGGUGGAGUGUUUAUUAACGGCAGACCCUUGCCCAACCACAUUCGCCACAAGAUUGUGGAGAUGGCCCACCACGGCAUUCGACCCUGUGUCAUCUCCCGCCAGCUCCGAGUCUCUCACGGCUGCGUGUCCAAAAUCCUUUGCCGGUAUCAGGAGACCGGCUCCAUCAGGCCCGGGGCCAUCGGAGGCAGCAAACCGAAGCAAACAUCCACCCCAGACGUGGAUAAGAAGAUCGAGGAAUACAGGAGAGACAACCCGGGAAUGUUCAGCUGGGAAAUCAGGGAUACAUUACUCAAAGACGGCAUCUGCGACAGAAACAACGUCCCCUCAGUGAGUUCAAUCAGCCGCACCAUGCGUUGUAAAUUCGGGGGAGGUGCAGGAGAAGACGAGGAGGACGAUGAUGAAAUCGAGAAGAGGGAAUUGGAAGAGAACGAAAGAAGGGCGAAACACAGCAUCGAUGGCAUCCUCGGGGAUAGAUCCCCCAAUGGCCCCUCUCUGGCCCUCUUUGUGCUCCCCCGCCCUCCUCGACUCCCUCAGCUCCCCCGGCCCCCCACUCCCCUGCCGGGCAGUGACUGUAUCCCAGACCCCACCUCUCACAGUGACUGUAUCCCAGACCCCACCUCUCACAGUGACUGUAUCCCAGACCCCACCUCUGACAGUGACUGUAUCCAGUACCCCACCUCUCACAGUGACUGUAUCCCAGACCCCACCUCUCACAGUGACUGUAUCCCAGACCCCACCUCUCACAGUGACUGUAUCCCCUAA